GUUGUGCCUUAUUGUAGGUGCAUGUCCAAGGUUUUUGUUAACUGUAACAUAAAACUGUAAAACGUUAGCUGGGGAAACUGCUUUCCUCCCACUGGCCUGCUGCUCCAAUCAGAGAGCAGCCCUGCAUCUCCCUCAUUUCUGACAACUAUUUAGCAACUGAGCUCAGCUAAAGUUUCCAAAAAAGUUAGAAUAACUUCCUCUCUCCAAGACCUCAAUUUUUUUGCACAGCCCGGUCCUUGAAAUAAGAUCCCUUCAAGAGACCUGGAAAACGUUUGCUCAGCAAAACCCUUUCUGUUUUUCCAAAGGCUGUGUCUCUGGAAUUUUAAAACACAGAGAGAGAGAGACACCCACCAUUUAAGGAGGGGGGAGAAUUCUUUUUUUCCCCUCCCACCCCUCCUUAGAGAAAGAAUGGAAGAAAGUUCUAGUUCUCCUGUUUCUCCUGUGGAUAGCUUGGGGACUAGCGAAGAGGAGCUGGAGAGGCAGCCAAAGAGAUUUGGGAGGAAGAGGAGAAACAGUAAGAAGUCCAGCGAAGAUGGAAGCCCAACGCCAGGCAAAAGAGGAAAGAAGUCCAGCCCGGGUGCCCAGUCUUACGAGGAGCUCCAAAGCCAACGGAUUCUUGCUAAUGUCCGAGAGAGGCAGAGGACUCAGUCUCUCAAUGAAGCUUUUGCUGCCUUAAGGAAAAUCAUCCCUACACUGCCUUCUGACAAACUCAGUAAAAUCCAGACUCUCAAGCUGGCUUCCAGGUACAUAGACUUCCUUUACCAGGUGCUCCAGAGCGAUGAGAUGGACAAUAAGAUGACCAGCUGCAGCUAUGUGGCUCACGAGAGGCUCAGUUAUGCCUUUUCGGUGUGGCGGAUGGAAGGAGCUUGGUCAAUGUCUGCCUCACACUAGUCAGCGGCAUCAGGGUAAAACCAGCGCGACUAUCAACAUGACUGUCCAGUUUUGGAGGCUGGAGUGGAGCUGAAAUGUAUCCAUGUUUGUCGCUUGUGAAACCUUAAUAACCUCAAGAGAACUGGUCUAAAGGAACCACUUGACUUCCCUCACCUUGAACUCGUGCAGAGCAUUUGGAGAGAACAGUAACACAGAGUCGAAGCUAACAGGCUUGAUACGUUGCAACAUCUCUCCCCAAGAGACUGGACUGAUGCACAAAGAGAUUAUUCAUGUUUGUGUUUAUUUUCUGGAGCUCACUUUCUCUUCCUCUGUGUAUGUAAGUCUGUGUGUGUGAGAGGGAGUGUGUACAUGCACGCAUGUGUGUGUUUGACUUUGAAAAAGAAAUCAGGAACACAUUAUUGAGAAAUCCAUGCUUUGGGUUUCAUUUUAUCUUUGUGGUUUUUUAUGUAUAGUUUAAUUAAACUCAUGUUGUUUAUAGUAAUGUAAAAAACUGGACCAAGGCUUUUCAGAAAAACAAAAUUUCCAAAUUCUGCACAUUUUUUUUCUGCCAAGGAAGCCUGGAAUAUAGAUUCUUCUCUUUACAUCCCUAGCACCAUUUUCAUACUGAUUUGCUUCCGCUAGUUUUUUCUCUUUUCCAAAAUGACUCCUGCAGAUGUAUAGGUUUAUGAUUUGUUUUAUUUAUUAAUAUGUUUUUAAACCAAAGACUGCAACAGUUUGGAUGUACACUGCUUUUCUAGCUCAUAAUUUUUUUAAAAAAAAAAAAAGUGAUACAGACAUUUGAUUUAUUUGUGGAUUGCCAUACAUUAAAAGUGGUAAAUAUCACACACCAUUUUAUAAAGAUUCAAGACGCUUCGUAUCAUUAAA